AUGGCUUCUGCAAGUAAUGGGUUUGAAGCAAAGCUAAGAGAUGUUGGGAAUAGGCUUCUGCACCCUCCAUCUUCUGCUGACGAACACUUGCCUCUUCUUGAAAAGACUGAAUCUUAUUUGGCAAAGGUGGAACAACAACCAUGUAUGUCAACAAAGAUUACGCUUUCACCUCUCAUGGAAGCAUUGGUCGCAGAUCAAAUCUUGAAUCAUGGAAAUGGUGGGGUCAAAGUGUCAGCUGUUGCCUGCAUAAGUGAGAUCACAAGGAUAACGGCACCAGAUGCUCCUUAUGAUGAUAAUCAAAUGAUGGUACUUACUUGA